UAUUUUUAGGCAGAAGCUUCGCUACAGCCACGAGCUCCUCCGCCUUCUGCUCUCCCCUCCUUCCAAUGGCCGAAAAUAGCUACCAGCCUUCGCUGUGCCAGCUACGCCAUCCUUCGCUCUUCCAUUCUCCCCCGUCGAGUCCUCCAUGAUGCCUAUAAAACACCACAUCGUGUCAUGCUUCUCCUCGUCCAUUCGCCUUCAUCAUCAGUCCCUCAUUUGUGUCUAUCUCUCGGUGGUGUCGCCGCCCGCUCGUGGCCCUAUCCUUCUUCCACCGCCGGGAGUCGGAGUAAGUGACUGAAACCAUGGAGUCUACGGCGGUGACACCCCGGAAGUCGAUUAAGGAGAUCGUGAUGGAGAAAAUGCGGGCUCACCGCGCCCAGUCGCUCGAGAGGAAGCAGCUGAAGCGGAAGAGGACCAAGAGUUUCUCGUGCGACGACGAUCGUCUCGUCUCCAGGGCGGUUGUCUUAGGCGACGAUGACGAGACGAUGUUCUGGGAGGAGGAGGAGGGCACCGUGGAGAUGGCCCAGAUCGGGGCAGACCGCACCAAGAACGUGCUCAUCCUCAUGAGCGACACCGGCGGUGGCCAUCGCGCUUCUGCUGAGGCAAUCCGCGACGCCUUCCGUAUUGAGUUCGGCGACGAGUACAAGGUGUUCGUGAAGGAUUUGUUCACAGAACACGCAGGUUGGCCGUUGAAUGACAUGGAGAGGUCCUACAAAUUCAUGGUGAAGCAUGUGCAGCUAUGGAGGAUGGCCUUUCACGGGACCUCACCUCGUUGGAUCCAUAACAUCUAUCUUGCUGCUAUUGCAUCAUUACACACCAAGAAAGUGGAGGCCGGUCUGAAGAAGUACAAGCCAGAUAUUAUAAUCAGUGUCCAUCCACUUAUGCAACACAUUCCUUUGUGGGUGCUACAAUGGCAGAACCUUCAAAAGAGAGUUGUUUUUGUUACCAUCAUCACCGACCUCAACACUUGUCAUCCUACGUGGUUCCACUCUGAUGUCAACAGAUGCUACUGCCCGUCUGAGGAAGUAGCAAAGAGGGCUGCAUUGGUUGGCCUACAGCCUUCUCAGAUCCAUGUAUCUGGUUUGCCCAUCAGACCUUCCUUUUGUCGUGCCAUUCUUGUCAAGGAUGAAUUGAGAAAAGAGCUUGAGAUGGAUGCUGAUCUCCCUGCUGUCUUACUGAUGGGAGGAGGUGAAGGAAUGGGACCAGUCAAAAAGACUGCAAAGGCUCUUGGCGAAUCACUAUUCGACAAGGAGAAUGGAAAACCAAUUGGGCAACUUGUCGUCAUUUGUGGCCGAAACAAAACUCUAAGUGCAACACUCUCGGAGAUUCCAUGGAAAAUCCCUGUGAAGAUAAUGGGGUUUGUAACCCAAAUGGAGAAAUAUAUGGGAGCUUGUGAUUGCAUUAUAACAAAGGCUGGACCUGGCACAAUCGCCGAGGCUUUGAUAAGGGGACUCCCUAUAAUCUUAAACGACUUCAUUCCUGGACAGGAGGUUGGAAAUGUACCUUAUGUGGUCGACAAUGGCGCCGGCGUAUUCUCAAAGAGUUCAAAGGAAACCGCCAGCCUUGUUGCUCGCUGGUUUGGCCCUGAAUCAGAUGUGUUGAAGAAAAUGUCUGAAAAUGCGCUGAAACUGGCACAACCUGAUGCUGUUUUUGACAUCGUCAGGGAUAUUCACGAGCUUGCUGAACAGAGAGGUCCUUUAUCCCAAAUGACCCAUUGCUUGACUUCAUCGUUCUUCCAAUCAAGGAACAGUUCAUUCAUAAGUUCUACAAGCUAAUCCGUGCCUUAUAUUCCAUGUUUCUGUAAAACUAUUGUUGAUAUUCAUUGGCCUUGUAAUUCCCCGUUUAUCCCAUCCCAUCCCAUGUCUGUGUAAAUCGAACGCUUGGUAUUUGGAAUACCCUUCUAGUGUUUAAUUUAGCAGAGGCUUGUUCUAAUUCGCCCUCGUGCGGUUCACUUCUUCUUUGUAUCAGAACUCGAUUAUUUUGAUAUAUGUAAUUCCCAAUUUUUGGAUGACUUA